AUGUCAUGCUUUAAAGCCCAGCGUAUGGAUAUUUCCCCGUAUUAUGACCGUUAUAAAUCAAUACCAGGUCAUGCUGAUGUUCAUUCUGUUGAUCAUAUUGGUGUAGGGCAAUAUGCUUUUUCAACAGCGAUAGCAACGGCAAUAACAAAAUCAGAAUUGAUUUAUUUAUCCCCAGGUUUACAUGUAAUCGAUGCAGCUAUUCGAGCUAUAGGUAACAUGCCAAUCAACAUUUACUACGGUGUACUGACAAUCGAAUUGGUUCAGUAUAGUCAAGGGAUUACGGCUUAUGAAACAGAAAUAAUCAGAUUAGAUAAUCUUAUUCAACAACGUGAACAAGCUAUCAAGAAUGAUCAAGUAUUCGAUGAAGAGAUGAAAGAGUUUGUUGCUGUUGCUGGCCAACGUCAUCUUCUCAAAGUAUAUUUAGACAAAAUGAAAGCUCAUAAUGAUAAUAAUAAUUUAUCGAUUUAUGCAAUAUUAAUUGUUAAUAAAGGUUCAGUUAAAACAUUAAAAUCAUCAUAUGAUAAUCUUUCAUCAUCAACUAAAUCAAAAACAUUAUAA